ACGAAGGGCGGUGACACCGCACAAAAGAUUUCGAUAGGCUUAAGUGAGGUUACAGCAAAGGCAACGGGGAGGGGGGAGCCUCCCUCAGAGCCAUGCAGCGUCUGGCUGGCAGAUCCGCCGCAGCCGCCUCUUCCCAAUAGUUUGUCUGAAAGCCUGAGAAAGGGAAUUUAAAAGAAGAUCCUCCCCGCUUUCUUUUUUUUGCUUUUUUUUUCUUUUUUUCUUUUUUUUUUUUCCCUGGGAGUUGGCGACUCAGCCAGAAAACAUGGCAGGAGGAGCGCAAGGCCGGGCGGGUCGCAGCAUCCGCGGCUGUAGCCCGGAGCCACCACCCUUGUUUGCGGGAAGAGCCUAAGUUGGUGCGGCGGCGGCCACAGCGGGAGCCGGGCGAGGAGGGGCCGGCGGCGCCGAGUCUGCGGGGCCCUGGGCGACGGGGCAUGGACCGCGGCGGCGGGGAGCGAGCUCGCAGCGGCCGCGUGAAUGGUCGAGGCAGGAAGGAGUGAGGCAGCGGCAGAAGGAAGGGGAACGGAUCCCGCCCGCCCGCCCCCAGCACCCGGAUCCGGUGGAUUUUUUUUUUCCCCCUCUAUUUUUUUUUUUUUCCUUCCCCUCCCGCGGUCCCCACCCCCACUCCCGUCCCGGCUCCCCGCGGUGCCUUCCCCGCGGUGCCCUCUCCCCUCCCCGGCCCGGCGGCGGGGUACGCGGCGGGGCUGUGGCGGCGCGGGUCGGCGGGCGGGCCACACCCUCCGCGGCGCUUCCUGCGAGCCGGCGGCGCGGGGCCGCGGCGGGCGCGCCGGGGGCGGCACAUGGUGCGCAGCCGCCGCCCCUCCGGCCCUUGCGAGCUGCGCCCGGCUGGCGCUCGCCGACCGAAGGAGCCGGGGGCACGGUAGCAACUUGGAGGGCUGCGCCCUUGCCCGAACUCCGUGCGACUGCUGGGCGUCUCUGAGGUAUUCCGUCUCGUAAAGGGAACUUUGCGCAGGAUCCCGCAGCCGGGAAGCCGGAGGAGGUGGUGGAAGGGAGGGAAGCCAACGUGCGGAAAAAGAAAAAAAAAAAAAAAAAAGAUAUUUUUAGCUAAACGAUGCCGGAACGGGGCCCGGGGGCUCCCGGCGAGCGCCGACCCGCCGCGGGAGAGCCGUAGGAGCGGAGGCUGGCGCCGGAGCGGGGCGGGCGCCCCGGCGGAGCUCGCUCCCCGCAGCAGCGGCAGCCCCGGCGCCCAGAGCCUUUUCUUGCUUCCCGGCGAUUAAUGGAAUGAUGUUGCGGAAAAGGCAGAGCGAUCCUGCCGGGCUCAGUCGGGACUGCUCGGGCGGCGGUGGCAGAGGCGGUGGCAGCGGGGUAGCGAGCGGCAUGCGAGUGCCCCCCCGGCGCUAUGGCUAGCGGUGGCUCUGGCAAGUCCAGCAGCGAGGUGUCUGGCGGCGGCAUCCCCAGCAGCAGUUCCCUGCAGAGGAAGAAGCUCAUCUCUAUCUGCGACCACUGCAAGAUCAAGAUGCAACUGGUGGCUGAUCUGCUGCUGCUGUCGAGUGAGACCAGGCCGGUGAACACUGAGAGCCUGUCUGUCUUCGGUGAGUCCUUCGAGAAGUGCAGGGACACGAUCAUUGCCAGGACCAAAGGACUCUCCAUCUUGACCCAUGACGUCCAGAGCCAGCUCAACAUGGGACGCUUCGGGGAGGUGGGGGAAAGCCUGAUGGAGAUGGGGGAGCUGGUGGUCUCCCUGACCGAAUGCUCUGCCCACGCUGCCUACCUGGCUGCAGUGGAGACUCCGGGGGCCCAGCCUGCUAUGCCCGGCUUGGUGGAUCGCUACAAGGUGACCCGAUGUAGGCAUGAGGUGGAGCACGGCUGCGGGGUCUUGAAGACCACCCCUUUGGCAGAUAUGAGCCCUCAGCUUCUGCUGGAGGUUUCUCAGAACAUGUCCAAGAACUUGAAAUUCCUGACAGACGCCUGCGUGCUGGCCAGUGAGAAAUCCAAGGAUAAAUUUGCUAAGGAGCAGUUCAAACUCAGUGUCAAAUGUAUGAGCACCAGCGCCUCUGCCCUCUUGGCCUGUGUCAAGGAGGUCAAGACUUCACCCAGCGAGCUGACCAGGAACCGAUGCGUCUUGUUCAGUGGACCUUUGGUGCAGUCUGUCUAUGCUCUGGUGGGCUUUGCCACUGAGCCCCAGUUUUUGGGUAAAGCUGCCACCAUUAAUCCAGAGGGCAAAGCUGUGCAAACUGCCAUCCUAGGAGGAGCCAUGAGUGUGGUAUCUGCUUGUGUGCUCCUGACCCAAUGCCUCAGGGAUAUAGCCCAACACCCCGAAAGUAGCACCAAAAUGAGCGAUUACAGGGAAAGGUUGAGGAACUCAGCUUGCGCCGUCUCGGAUGGUUGCAACCUGUUAUCUCAGGCACUAAGAGAAAGAUCUUCACCCAGGACUUUACCGCCAGUGAACUCCAAUUCUGUGAAUUAACCCCCACAUCUUCUGUUUAGAUCCCAGUCAUUGCUAAAGGAAAAUAAUAUCCCACCUCCUCGCCCCUUUUUUGUAUACCAAAGAAUUUGCUUGGAUGAGCCCAAUCCUUUGAUUUCAUGUGGUGAAGAAGCAGAGCAUAUUCAAACUAUACGUACUAAUAAAGGUAGCCAGUUUUGGCUUCUUGUUACUUUACUUUAAAGUCAAGCAAGUAUCUGCAGAUAAAUUUUCCUUUAUUCAACAAGGUCUUUCACAAAAAUGGUAAUAACAACUGUUUAAAAGUUUUUUAUAUUUGGGGAGGUGGGGGUAUCUUAGAAAAAAGAGGAAAAAAAAAAAGCUUUAAUCGCGCUGGGUGCGGUUUUUAAAGUUUGUCUUGUCUUGUCUUCCGAAAUUUCCCUUCUAAAUUUUACUGUUCGGUUGUGCAGGCAAAAGGUUACCUCAGUUCUCACUCAUUUAAAAAAAAAAAUGAAAAAACCCAACAACACAUAGAUGAUGGAUGUAGCUACUAUUUUGUUUGUUUUUGUUUUGUAUGACUUUUUUAUUUUGCAUCAAGUGUUAGGUUAGAAGUGCAUUUGGUGUGUAGGAGUGGAAGGACUGGAGGUUGUGAUUAUGUUUCCAUGUGUUGAUUUCCAAACUGGGGGAAAAGCUACUGUGAGUGUUUAAACAAACAAACAAAAAAUUACACUAUAACAAAAGUGAUUUUUAAUUUUUUUUUUCCAAUGUCAGUUUUUAUCUUGCAUGUACUGGAGUAUUUAUUUCAUCUAUUAAAAUGUUAUGUUUCUCA